AGCGAUUAAGCAGAACAAAUUAUGAAUCUUUUACUCUUGGAGUAAAAUUACUAAACAAACCAGCAUCCACGGCAAAGAACUAGCUAGUCCAAAUCACAAUAUUUGGCACGGCAAACUGAGAAAAACUACUGCUAUUUUCAUACCAAUACAUCUACUGUAAGAUCAUUCAACUAGCGGCAAAUGCAAAUUCAAGAAUCUAUAUAUACCAAUAUCUCCAAAGGAAUAUAUACACCAUUACCUACAGCUUACAAUUAUCUUCUUUAUAAAGAAUUUCUUUAAUAUGAAGUUCCUAGUUCUUCUUUUGGCAAUUCUUGGGAAUAUGGGCUUCUAAAACUACAGCAAGAGCACUUGCUGAUGAACCCCUGAUGCUAAAAUAUGAGCAAUGGAUGAUUCAAUAUGGACGUGUAUACAAAAACAAUGCUGAAAAAGAUAGUCGUUUCAAGAUAUUCAAGGAAAAUGCAGAGCGAAUUGAAGCUUUUAAUGAUGCAGCAAACCAGCCUUAUAAGUUGGGAAUCAAUUCAUUUGCAGAUUUAACUAAUGAGGAAUUUAGAGCAGCUCGAAAUGGUUUGAAGAUUCCAUUUUGUGAACCAAAAAUUACCUCAUUCAGAUAUGAAAAUGUGACAGCAGUUCCAACAACUAUGGAUUGGAGAACAAAGGGUGCAGUCACACCAAUUAAGGAUCAAGGACAAUGUGGGAGCUGUUGGCCAUUUUCUGCAAUAGCGGCAACAGAGGGGAUUACUAAACUCUCAACAGGAAAGUUGAUCUCUUUAUCAGAACAAGAAUUGGUGGACUGUGACAGAAAGAGUGAAGAUCAAGGAUGUGAAGGCGGUUACAUGGAAGAUGCGUUCGAAUUCAUAGUGAAAAACAAAGGCAUAACAACUGAAACAAUUUAUCCAUACAAAGCUGCUGACAGAAAAUGCAACACAAAAAAGGAAUCUGCCCAUGUAGCAGAUAUCAAAGGCUACGAAAAAGUACCCAAAUACAAUGAGAAAGCACUCCUCAAUGCUGUGGCAAAUCAGCCAAUUUCAGUGUCAAUUGAUGCCAGUGACUUUUCCUUCCAAUUCUACACGAGUGGAGUUUUUACAGGCACGUGUGGGACGGAGUUAGAUCAUGGUGUUACAGCAGUUGGAUAUGGAAAAGCUGAAGAUGUAAAAUAUUGGUUGAUUAAGAACUCUUGGGGUAGUAGUUGGGGUGAAAAUGGAUAUAUAAGGAUGGAACGUGACAUUGAUGCUAAAGAAGGGCUAUGUGGGAUUGCCAUGGAUGCCUCUUAUCCAACUGCUUAAGUAUAUACAUUAUGUAUAUCCAAAUCAAAAGCUUAAUCUUUAUUAAUUACUAUUUGAUAUGUCAAGUGAAUUGUUAAAUUUUACUUGAUUAUGUAAAUGUGCUAAAGAAGCAUGUCUUGUGUGUGCAUAUGCUCCAUUUGGAAGCUGC